AUGGUCUAUGUGUCCAACAAGACUUUGCCAGAUGCUCACGAGUUGUGCGAGAUGCUGAACCAGCAAAGGCUCGAAGACGCAGGUGCCGAUGGCAGUUGUUCAAAUACAUCGACCCUGCAGGCAGAUGACUUAACGCGGCCCAGCUGGGUGGGGCGUGGCGUGGGCAUAGCACCUGUUGCUGCCGAACCUUCACAGCAGGACGUGGAGAUGCCCGUGCGACCUGGCCCACAUGCCAAACACCAAGUGACCAAGUGCUUUUGCUCUUUUGUUCCAAAAGUUCAGCAGGCUUGGAAGGUGAAGAGCUAUGGCUAUAGGCUAUAG